GCGCGCCCCGCCAUCGGCCCGAGUGUCACAAACGGCAAUGGCGUCCAUCAGCACCAGAGAAAAGCUUCUUUCUCUCAUCGACGACACGGAAUUGAUAUCAAAGGAACUUUUAGAAAACAGCAUCGCUCCCAAAGCACAGAGGCUUUCUGCACACGAUCAGGCCCAGCUUAUCGAACUUCUAAUCCAUAAAGACACAGAAUUGAAGGAAACUAUAAAGUUGGCCAGUGACCAAGCGAGGAUUGCAGAAAUCAUGGAGACGGUGCAGGCAGAAGUGGACAGGCAUGACCAGAUGAUUUUGCAGCUGGAAAAGCAAUUACAUGAUGCCCAUCACACCUUAUCUGUGGCAUUGUACCAGGCAAGACAGAAACUACAAAGUAUUGCAAGAGCCAACAAAAGACCUGUCAACAGUGAAGAACUUAUAAAAUACGCACACAGAAUCUCUUCCACGUACGCCGUCUCUGCACCAGACAAUUGGCAGCAGGGUGAUCCCAGAAGACCAUACCCCACAGACUUGGAAAUGCGUGCUGGUUACCUAGGUCAGAACGGGCAGCUCCUCCAUACCCAGUCCCACCUGUCCGACCCGAUGACGAGAGGCCACCACACCGGUAAGUACGAGCCGACGUCAGCAAGCGUCGGAGGAACCUUCAGUUGGCAGCCUUCAGGAGACCUGCAGGUUCACGUGGGAGGCCAUACGGCAGUGGUGGAAAAGAAGGAGCAGGAGGACGUGGAGGUCAUGAGCUCAGAUUCCUCCUCCUCUUCUUCCUCCGACUCUCAGUGACAACACCAGUCUGGAUGCCAGAUUACCUGAUAUCCAUAUUCAGGACCAUUCCAAAGAUAUCAAGUCUGUUUCGUAUCGCCAUGCAAGGGUGCGACGUGAAGUGCCCCUUGGCCUCAGGAAAACCAUUUCAGGCCCAGGCCAACAUUGCUCUUCAAUUAGAGAAAGAGAACUUUGUGGAGUAUCUGCUAAGUUUGUAAAUAAGACUUUUGUCAUGAUCCAGUCUUCAAAUGUACAUUCUCUCUCUCUCUCUCUCUCUCUCUCUCUCUCUUUAUCUCACUCUCUCUCUCUCUUUUUCUUCUAUAAGAAAAGCAAAAAGUAAUCUCAGUAUUUCUGUCUAAUUAGUAUAUCUCAGAAUGUAAACAUUGGAAUGAUGUUUCUGAAAAUUCCAUGCUUAUCUGAUCGCAGCUUCUAGCAUCUCUAUUCGGGAUAUGUUCUGAGGAGUUAGAUGUUUGAAUUUAACACUGAAUAUAGAAAGCUAAUGAAGCUGAUAUGAAAAUUGCUUAUUCUGUUUACUCUGAUCACAGGUACUGUAAAUCUUGGCUUGUAUAAUUAUUCAUUGAGAAUAUUGAUAUUAGAUGUGUGUAGAUAGAAUUCUUGUUAGUUCUUCAGAAAAUGUAAUUGGUAUUUUAUCAGUGUGUCUACUGGUCAUGCUCUUGCUUGUAGGAUAAUGUACAAUGACAAGAUAUUUGUAAUUGUUCAAAGCAUGUUUGUUUGACAUAAAAUGUUCCUCAACUUAUCCUUUUCAUAUCAGAAUAUUGCAGAGACAAUGUUAUGGAUGUACUUUUAUACAAAGUUAUUAUAUAGUUUUCUAGCUAAACUUUGCAACUUUGUGUCAAAUGUAGCAGAUUUCAGGACACAAUCUUCCAUGCACCUUGUUUUUAAAUGGUUUGGUAUCAUUGUGUAAAUAGGGACUAUAUUUUUUCAGAAGUAACUGACUGAAUUUCCAGCAAGAUAUUUUAAUCUAAUUGAAGUAUUUUUCAUGCCAAGUAACUUUACCUUGUCGAAGUAUCAGUUGGUAAUGUACAAAAGGAAGUAAUUGAUUAAUGUUCAAAAACUUGAGUCCUGGAGAAAGGUAGUUCUAGAGUAUUAACAAGGAUUGUGUAAAAAAUAUUUUGAGAGAGUAGUUAUCAUGACAAAAUGUCUUCAAUAAGUAUAACACAGAUUACGUUCAAUUCAAUAAGGAGAAGACCGAUGAUGUUCAAUCAUAUCUGAAGAAAUACAACAUAGGUAAGUAUUCCGAUGUAGUACAAGACAACAGUUCAUAACUUUGACAUCAAGGGAUUUUUGUGUAUAUUCACAAAUAAAGUAUAAGUAAAAGAA